AUGUUAGCAUCAGGGCAUUCUGAACCCAAAGCCAAUGUAUCAACGACCGAGGAAAGCCAAGAUGAACACCCAAUACCUUGUCGAAGAUUCUUUUACAGUACGCUUUUUCAAAUCCUGGUUGUAGGAUUAUGUGCAUUCUGCGCUCCAGGGAUAUGGAGUGCAAUGAAUGGCUUAGGCGUGGGCGGAUCUCAAAGCCCAGAUCUUGUCAACACAGCCAACGCCUUACUAUACGCCUUCAUGACACUGACCUGUUUUGCGGGUCCAUUCAUCACAAACGCAAUCGGCUUUCGCUGGACCCUGACCUUAGGGUCCGUUGGAUACCCACUCUAUGCAGCGGGGCUAUAUUUGAACAACCGCACUGGCGCAACAUGGCUUGUUUAUCUCGGUUGUGUCACUUGCGGCCUCGGCGCUGGUUUCUUUUGGAGUGUUGAGGGUGCCGUCGCGACAGGGUACCCCGAGCAGCACAAGCGUGGUCGGUACAUUGCGACCUGGUUCACGUUCCGCAAUUUUGGCAACAUCAUCGGCGGUGCCGUCUCUUUAGGCAUCAAUCACAGCGUCAACCAGCGCGGGCAGGUUGGGUACCAGACGUAUCUUGCUUUCAUUGCCAUACAGUGUCUUGGACUAGUCGUAGGUCCCCUCUUGUCAAAUCCAGAGAAAGUGCAAAGAGACGAUGGAACGCGUAUCGAGGCCCCCCGCGGCAUCCACUGGCGGGAAGAGCUCCGCACGAUGUGGCGGCUAGUAAGGAGCAGGUCGAUACUGCUCCUUGUCCCGCUGUUCUGGUACUUUGGGUGGAUCCAGGCAUACCCUGGCACAUAUCUUGCGACCUAUUUCACCGUUCGCGCGCGUGCACUCGGAAGCUUCAUGUCUGCAGUCGUUGGAACGCUGGCGACUUGGUUGGGUGGGUCGUUGGUAGAUCUGGCUUGGUUGAAAAAUCGGAAGCAUAGAGCAAUCGUCACAUUCGUCGUGAUUGCACUCAUGAAUAGCGCAACCUGGAUCUGGGCGGUCAUUAUUCAGAACGAGUACCGUCACACGAACCCCGUGUUGGACUGGGGGAACCAACGCACUUUCGGUCGUGGCUUUGGCCUGUAUCUCUUUGAACGCAUCAGUCUCGGCUUAGUCGAGAACUAUAUUUACUGGUGCAUUGGGAAUUUGUCGGACUCACCUGGCGAUCAAAUUCGAUACAGUUCACUGCUUCGGGGGAUCGAAACCGCUGCAGUUGCAGUAGGUUUUGGCGUUCAGGCGGUGCCGACAGCAUUGAUCGCGACAGCGAGUAUCAAUCUUGGUCUGUGGUUUAUUGCGUUACCUUUCAGUUAUUAUGCCACCAUCCAAGUCGUUCAAAAGUUCGAAUUGUUGGAGAAAGGAAAGCAGGAUCUGGACGGAAGCGACAGAGCAGCUGAGCAGGGUGUGGCUGGACGAUGA